AUGGCCAAAAGAAGAUCAAAGAGAAGAACUCACCAGCCGCCUUCUCCGGAGGAGUUGGCCAAGAUCCCCAAAUCAAUGGUGCUUUCUCUCGGCACAUCCCUAAAAAAUCAUGCUCUCACACAGCUUGUAAAGGACUUCAGAUUUGUCAUGCAACCACACACAGCCAUCAGCUUACGAGAAAGAAAGGCCAACAAACUCAAGGAUUUCAUGGUAAUUUCUGGGCCUUUGGGUGUAUCUGAUCUUUUUGUUUUCAAGCAGUCUGAGUCCUCGGGAAAUGUUUCCUUGAGGCUUGGGAAGAUGCCCAAGGGCCCUUGUCUUCAGUUCAAAGUGAACUCGUAUGCAUUAAUGAAAGAUGUAAAGAGAAUAUUGAAGCGCCCGAAAUCUGUGGGAAGAGACUCUGCUGCUUUCCGUGAACCUCCAUUGCUUGUUAUGAAUGGAUUCAAGAAGGUCGCCGAUGCAGAGAACCACGAGAAGUUGAUGAUCACGAUCUUUCAGAACCUCUUUCCACCAAUUCAACCACAGACCACAAAGGUCAACACCAUCAAGAGAGUGCUUCUCAUCAGUAAAAAAGAGGAUGGCGAGAUCGAAUUGAGACACUAUGCCAUCGACACAAAGCUAGUAGAAGAGAGCAGGAAUAUCAAGAAGCUUAUCGAUUCGCAUCAGACACAUAAGAAACUUCCGAUCAUGACAAAAGCACAAGACAUUUCUGACUUAGUGUUGGACCCUUACUCUGUUGGCGGUCAAACGUCUGACAGUGAGAUCGAGGACGACGCUGUGGUGGAAGUAAAGAACGAACAGAGUAACAUAAUCCGCAAAAAGGCUGGAAUUUCAGCUAAUGCAGACCCUUCGGAGGGUGUCACCAGAAAGAGGGCCAUAAAACUCACAGAAUUGGGACCAAGACUCAGCAUGAAUCUUGUAAAGAUCGAAGAUGCCAUGAUCGGCGGCAAGACAAUAUAUCACUCAAGAAUCACCAAGAGUAAGAGUGAAAUCGCAGAGAUGGAGAAGAGACAUCAGAAGAGGAAACAGGAGAAAGCAGAGCGCAGGAAAGAGCAAAUGGCCAAUGUCGAAGCCAAAAAGGCUAAAAAGGAAGCUAAGAAGGCAAGGAAGUUGGCAAGGAAGAAUGGAGAAACUGACGGUGGUGAAGCCAGUGACGAAGGUGAAGAAAGUGCCUCCGAAAAUGAGCCAGAAAUCAACCCUAGCGAUUACGAAAAUGACAGUGAUUUAUUCAGUGAAUAA